GUCCCUGCCGGCACCGCCACCGGCACCGGCACCGCCCGCUCCGCCCCGCGCCCCUCGGGCACAGCGCCGGCCUCGCCGGCUCCCCUUCCCCGCCGCCCUCAGCGCCCCCCCCGCCGGGGUCCCCCCUCUCCCCCUCGGCCCCGGUGCCCUCAGGGCCCCGCGCGGCCCCCCCGUGCCCGGACACCGCCGCCCCCUCGGCCUCCCCCAUGGUGGGGUUCGGCGCGAACCGCCGGGGCGGCCGCCUGCCCUCUCUGGUGCUGGUGGCGCUGCUGGCCGUGAUCGCCGUGCUCGCCUUCCACUGCUGGAACGCGGCGUCCCGCCAGGCCCUGCUGCGGGAGGAGCUGGCCGAGCUGCAGAGCCAGGCCCAGCGCACCGAGGUGGCGCGGGGCCGCCUGGAGCGCCGCAACUCCGACCUGCUGGGCAAGGUGGACUCGCACAGGAAGCAGCUGGAGCAGAAGGAGGCGGACUACAGCCAGCUGAGCAGCCAGCUGCAGGCCAGGGACGGCCAGGUGAAGCGCUGCGAGGACGGCAAGAUGAAGCUGCAGAACAACAUCUCGUAUCAGAUGGCGGACAUACACCGGCUAAAGGAACAACUGGCAGAGUUACGGCAGGAGUUCAUCCGCCAGGAGGAUCAGCUGCACGAGUACAAGAAGAACAACACCUACCUUACAAGGAGGCUGGAAUAUGACAGCCUGCAGUGUGGGCAGCAGAUCAAGGAAAUGAGGCUGCAGCAUGAAGAGAACAUCAAGAAAUUAAUGGACCAGAUUGCACGGGAACAAAAGGCCACACAGAAAGUUCAGUCCAGUAAAGACACUGAAGUCAGUCCCAGCAAUGAUGGCCAGGCAGUACCUGAGACGGUGGCAGAGGAAGGUAAAGACACAGAGAAGAACGAGGAGCCUUCAGAGCAUGUUGUAAAUGACAAAGAGAAAAUCAAAGCAGGAGGAGAUGCAGGCAUGCCUGAAAUAGAAGAUAAUGACCCAGCAAAAGCUGAAGACACUCCCACUGCUUUAAAGAAGCCGCUUAUUUCAGCUCCCAAGAAUGAAGGUCAUCCACCUGUUAUGAAUCUUCCAACUGAACAGCCCCACGCUCCAAACCUGGCACCAGGUUUGCCCAGUGACAGUGAUGGAAACGCCAACGCUGCGAAGCAGAUCCCUCCAAACCCUCUCCAGCACCUGACCUUUGAAGAAAAGGUGGAAGCCCAGAAAGAGCACAAAAUUGAGACAGAACAGAUACAAAUCCCAAAGAGCCGAGUUAACGACUUGCAGAAGGUUAAGCAAAGCCGGUUCUUUGAUGAGAAUGAAUCCCCUGUGGACCCGCAGCAGGGUUCUAAACUGGCAGAUUAUAAUGGGGAUGAUGGGAACGUGGGUGAGUAUGAGGCAGACAAACAGGCUGAGCUGGCUUACAAUGAGGAAGAGGAUGGUGAUGGUGGAGAAGAAGACGUCCAAGAUGAUGAGGAGCGAGACCAGAACGACCUGGGGGACUACAAGUCCCGCUUCAGCGAUGGGGUCCUGUAGGCCUGGGGCACAGAGAGCCCAACCCAGGGACUUGAGGUGCUGCAAAACUGAACCAGUUCUACUCCAGUGUUUCCUACUUCCAAGGAAGCUGAGGAUGAAGUGCCGAGUGUGCUCAGUCAGCAGGUGAAGAGGACCCACUGUACAUAUGUACAUACUUGUACUACUGCGGGCUGUGUUAAACCAGCAUUGUCACACGGAGCCGGUUGCUCAGCCUGGUCCUUAUCUGAAAUAAUCUUUACACUUAAGCCCGGUCUAUAAACACAGGCUGAACUGUUUCUGCCAUUUACAACACUUUGGAACCUGGAGAACUUGUACAGUUUGUACCUGAUGUAACAAAGCCGCUGUGGAAGCCAUGUACAGCCAAGGACUCCUUUUCUACAGUCCCACCUGUGUGGGCAGAACUGCUGCUCCCGAGUGCUGGGUUUGUCCAGCAGGUGAGCCACGAGCUGGGAAUGAGACCUGAACGGUUCAGUAGCUGCUCCCUCCUCGGUGUGACCCAGGCCGGGGCAGCCCUCGGCACCAUUGCCACUCAACUCCUGUACAGCGACCACAUCUCGUAGCUAGAGCUGCAAAUCUACAGUAGGACUUCAAUAAUUUGGUACAUCCCCAAAAAGUUGUGCAACUAAUAGCUUGAUUUAAAAGAUAUAAAUUGAUAUAAAUAAUUAUAAAUAAUUCACGGCUUGUAGGAGAUCUUUGUGUUAAAGAGAGCAAGGGUGUGAGUGAGAGACACGUGUGCAGCAGCUGUGCCUGCCGUCGACAGAAGGACCAGCCCCUCCCUGGGUUCACUGCUGGUGUGCUGUGCCAGGGUGUCCAGCCCAGGUGCAGUUUGAUCCCUUGCUACAGCUCUGAACACCUGCCACGGCCCACGGACGGGUUUGCUCCAUCGCAUCUGUAAGUCAGACCCUUCUCUGUGUUCUGUGUUAAAGUACUGUCGGAAUUGUGGAGAUGAUUCCAUGGCUCUGCAGUGUGGGAAUGAAGGGGAUUGCUCCUCUAAGGGCUCCUGGGGACACAGGCUGUAGGCCCUGACGAGGGGGACUGAACUCAGCCCUGUGCUCAGGUGCUGGGCUGAAGUAACGGGGCAGGUUUGCUCGUUGCCAGCUCAGUGAAACUCUUAAAUAAAGUUCAACACUUCUACAAUUA